AUGGCCGUGUUCAACGACAACGCCGCCCUCGACCGUCUCCCGAACGGCAACCUCAUCCUACGCCGCAACUCUGACGGCGCCAAACUCCUGUACGCCAUCGAGCAGCUGCGCAUGUACUCUCGAUUCGAUUUCGCUCUGCGCGCCGACCGCCUGACCGGCCCUGGCUUGACCGAGCCCGCAGGCUACUCGGAGUUCCGAGAACUCUGGGCCCAAGACGCGGAAUGCCGCUACCAGUUCGUUCAGUAUGACCGCGCGACUGGAACUGUCGAACUCGUCGGGAUUCACCUUCCUGCCGAUGAACUCGCGCCAACCCACGCGUUGACCACUCCGGCCCCGCCGCCUAUCCCUGCCCCAGCGCACCCCGCACCCGCCGACGCACCCUCCGCUGUGCCCGCCGCACCCGCCUCUCGCCUGGACGCGCGCCGUCAAGUCAUCGUCGAAACCUUGAUGCUUGACCAACUCGAGCGCAACCAGCGCACGCAGGACGCUAUCCGCGAACGCCGCGAGCGCCGUGACAGAGAGCGCGCCGAACGCUCUGCCGCGGCCUCUCCCGCGUGGGCCGCCAAACAGAAGACUUGGAAGGAGCGAGCUGCCGCCGCGAAGGGCAAGGGCAAGGGCAAGGGCAAGGGCAAGGGCAAGGCCCGAGCUCUCCCCUCCGCGCCGUCCACGGAGCUCGUCCUGUCUGUCCCCAGGACCGACGCGCCCAUGGACGUCGACGGCGCUGCCGCCGUCCAUAACCCCUCGCCCACCGUUCCUGCCGCUCUGGCUGCGCCGCGCGCUGAGAACGCCGCGGCCAGUGGAUCGGGUGCGAACCAGCCGAAGAAGACUUUCGGAGGUGGUGACGAGGAGCUCAUCGACUACCCCUCCGACGAAGACCCCACCAAGCAGUGA